GGAAUGGCAGCUUCUAGAUUGUCAACGUCGACUCAUUUUCUCUUCAACACUCAACAAAGUCCUUCUCGCUCAAACCUGGUCAUAUUACCCAAUAUAUCCCCUGGACAAUUCAUCCUGAUAGCCCAGAAUCCUGUUCGCUGUAUCAUUUCGGCGACGAAAGCAACCGUAACCCACCACGCCACCGCCGUCCUCGCAUUCCUAAGUCUGCACGACUUCUAUACUCGACACCAUGGCUGAUAACGACUGGGACACCGUCACUCGUAUCGGUAGCAAAGCCAGAGGCCCUGGCAGUGGAGGGGUCGACCGUGAACGGGUCGUUAAGGGUAACUCUGCGCUCAACGCAGCCAAACGAUCCGGAGCCGUCGUUGCCACAGAAAAGAAAUACGGAGGCUCAAACAGCAAAUCGAGCGUCGAGGGCCAACACUUGACCAAGGUCGACCGCUCGGACGACAUCAUAAAGCCCAAAACCGUCCCGCUGGCGGUAGGACGGGCCAUCAUCAACUGGCGGAACCAAAAUAAAAACGCGGAAGGGAAAUCCAUGUCUCAAAAGGACCUGGCGAACAAGGCUGGGGUCAAGGAAACACAGCUGAAAGACAUUGAGAGUGGCAGAGGCGUGUAUGACCUGGUCCCGAUACGGAAACUGGAAAAUGCCAUGAAAAUCAACUUGACGGGCAGUGACAUUGGGAGCCCCAAACCUGGACCCGCCAAGAAGAAAUAGCGGCAAUAACUGAGUUUCCAUGAGUCCCCCGGGGAAAAAGGGGGGGGGGGG